AUGCUUUUAACAACUAUUAUUUUACUGUUACUAUUAAUAUUUACAAUUUGUUUUUAUUUUAAACGAAAAUAUUUUACUUUAUCGCGUUCUGUACCUGGAUUGAGUCCUCAUUUUUUACUUGGUAAUUUAUUACAAACAGGAUGCCUCACUGGUGAAUCAUAUAUUAAUAUUCAGGCAAAUUUAAAGAAAAAAUAUGGUGAUAUUUAUCAAUAUUGGUUAGGCCCAUAUCGUUAUUAUGUAUUUAAUAAAGCAGAACAUGCACAACAUGUAUUUAAUAAUAAACACAUUUAUGAUUUACCUAAUUUAACAUUCGGAACACAAUUUCCUUUGGGACUCGUAUCUAUAAAGGGUGCAACCUAUAGAAGACAUGCUCGUAUUAUUUUACCGAUGUUUAAAAAAGCAAAUGUUGUACAACAUUUGGAUAUAAUUAUUGAUUGUACAGAUAAACUAAUUCAUUUGUGGAAAAAUCAAAAUGAACAACAAGAAAAUAAAUUAAAUACGAAUAUUAUUCAGCAAUCAAAAAAUUUGUUAUUAGACAUUAUUAGUCUUGUUGCAUUUCAUUAUGAUUUAGAAGCCAUAGAGGGUAACAAUCAACACUAUGAUAGUAAAGAAUUAAUUAAUGCAAUAAAUAUUUUCACGGAUGCAUAUGAUACACUUGUAAAAUCAGUUGGUAUACCAAUAAUAAUAAUGAAAUUAUAUUUAAAAUUUAAUAAAAAAUAUCAACAUGCAUUAAAAAUAUUGAAACAGUAUACUGAUCUAAUUAUCGAACAAGAGUUACAACGGCAACAACAUGAUAAACCAAAAAAUGUUAUAGCAUUAUUGGUGUCAUCAUUACAAAAUAACGAAAUUAGAGAACGAAAAGAACCAGAAGAAGAAAAACAAGGUUUAUCUCGUGCAGAACUGUUUGACGAAUUAUUAGUAUUGAUUUUAGCCGGUUUUGCAACCACAUCGACAGCAUUAUCAUGGUUUAUCUAUUUUAUGAGCAAACAUCCAAGAGUACAAGAUCUAAUCAAAAAAGAAUUACGCGAAAAUAAUAUAACAUGUGACACAUAUAUAACUAUUCAAUUAUUAGAUAGAUUAACUUAUGUUGAUUGUGUUCUAAAAGAGUUAUUUAGAUAUGCACCAAUUGUUAACUCAGCACGGAGAUCAUUAACGCAAGACGAUGUCAUUGAUGGUGUACAAUUGAAAAAAGGCGACAGUGUGUUAAUACCACUUUAUAAUUUACAUAUGGAUAAACGGUACUGGAAAUUAAAUCCGCAAGAAUUUAUCCCGGAAAGAUUUAAUGGUGAAGAUAAAAAUCAUCAUCCAUUCGCCUUACUAACAUUUGGUGGUGGACAUCGCCAAUGUGCCGGACAAGAUUUAGCUCGUUUAGAAUUAAAAGUAAUCAUAACACGUUUAAUGCAAAAUGUUACAUUUACUGAUGGUGGACCAGAUACGAAUAGUGGUGGACAACGGCAAAGUCUUACAAAUACCCCAAAACAUUUAGCUGUUUAUGUUCAUAUCGACUAA